GGUAGCUGGCCCCGGUUGAAAAAGAGUGUUACUCUAUUGGUGAAGUCUAAGACGUAUCAACUUUGAAUCUGCCAUUGACGAAAUAGUUUUCUGUUUUCUCAAACGGAUCCUCUCCGAAAAUGAACGACGAAGAUGUCUCCAAGCAAAUCCAUCAGAUGGUCAGGUUUAUCCGUCAGGAAGCCGAAGAAAAAGCCAGCGAGAUCUCUGUCUCCGCCGAAGAGGAAUUCAAUAUCGAGAAGCUUCAAUUGGUCGAAGCAGAGAAGAAGAAGAUCAGACAAGAAUACGAACGGAAAGAGCGCCAAGUUGAAAUUCGAAAGAAGAUUGAGUACUCAAUGCAGCUGAAUGCUUCUCGGAUCAAAGUUCUUCAAGCUCAAGAUGACAUUGUUAAUUACAUGAAAGAAACUGCAGCCAAGGAACUUUUGAAUGUGAGCCACCAUCACAUUGUUGAGGAUCUUUUGCAUGUGGGCCAUCAUGAGUACAGAAACCUUCUAAAAGGUCUCAUUGUUCAGAGUUUGCUAAGACUGAAAGAACCUUCUGUCUUGUUGAGAUGUCGGAAACAUGACUUGCACAUGGUAGAGCAUGUGCUGGAUGAAGCCACAGAAGAGUAUGCUGAAAAGGCAGGUGUUGAUCCACCCGAGAUCAUUGUUGACCACAAUGUCUAUCUUCCACCUGCACCCAAGCAUCACAAUACUCACGAUCCCUACUGCUCUGGUGGAGUGGUGUUGGCUUCUCGUGAUGGAAAGAUUGUGUGUGAAAAUACUCUUGAUGCACGUCUGGAUGUAGUGUUCCGUAAAAAGCUUCCAGAGAUCCGAAAGCUGCUCUUUGGACAAGUUGCUGUUUGAAGACUUUGAUUGCAUUCAUUGCUCCAUGGAUACUUGCAUCCUGAAUAGAUUCCAUUGCUUAUGUAAACUUGUCAUUUAAAUAACUUCAUUUUUUAUAGAGCCAGAUGUUCCCAUAUCGCUUGUGAACCAGGCAUGCAGCAUUCGUUCUUUUCUUUAAUUGAUGAAUGUUUUCACCUUGAUUGGAUUUUCUCUGACUAGUUGCGGCUUCAAGCUUAGCAAAUAAUAAUAUAUUGGACAUUUCUGCCAAUGCUGUAAACUUGUGAUGUUUAUUUUUCACCAAUGGUUUGCCUGGUGCAAGUAUAUAAUUGCUCUCUAAUGGAAA